AGUUUGUGGCAGUUUGUGAAAGAGGAAACACAAAGUUGAAGGACUAUGGAGAAGAGACCCUACUCAGUAGAAUGGCUUUCAGAGAGCAGUCAGAGGAAAGCUGUUUAUUCCAAUGCGGAUCUAUUAGGAUAUAAAAGUGGAAAUCCAGACAAGGAAUCCAAUAUCUCAUUGCCAUCAAGAGCUACUGGACCAACAUUGCCAUCGGUGGACUACAGAGAGAAGGAAAAUUAUUGCGUGCGGAAUGUCCAAAAUGAAGAAAGAAGCCCACCUGUUAAAGACCAACUGCACUCCCAGCCAGCACCACAAGAGCUUGAUACAUCUAGAAGAGCCUUAAUGGUGGUUCCUGCUUGUGAGCGAAGCACUGAUCAAGGAAAUAAGGUCACUGGCACAACUGACACCAACAAGAAGGCCAAACCUGUGUGUGAUGAAGAUGCUGCUGCCAGAGCCCGCACCAAAUUCUCCCCUGAGCAGCUGGAGGAGCUUGAAAGGAGCUUCAAGGAGAACAGAUACAUUGGAUCCAGUGAGAAAAGACGGCUGUCCAAGGUGCUGAAACUCUCUGAGACUCAGAUUAAAACCUGGUUUCAGAAUCGAAGGAUGAAGUUCAAGCGUCAAACGCAGGAUGCAAGGGUUGAUGCUUUCUUUUCGGGACUUUAUGUGCCUUAUUAUGGUUACCCUGACCUUCCAACUCCUGGAUAUUCAGUCCAGCCGGAGUUUUCUGUUCUGGCCCCUCAUACAAUGGCAGCUCCAUCUCUUCCAUUUGGUCCUCUACAAUCUACUGUUAUUUCACCUGGACUCCACCCAACAGCUAUUCCUUCUGCAAACCUUGGCUCUUAUCCCUACUCUUCCAUGCUUGUACACCCAAUGCUGAACGAGCCUAAACGACAAAGAUACAGCCCAUACUAAAGUUUCACAUUGUAUACAUUGUUGAAGCACCACUGUUAUUAUUGUUAUGGACAUUUGCAAUUAUUUAUUAUAAGUUAUUACAUGAAAGCACAGCAGCACAUUCAGACAGAGUUUUAUUAGUAUUGGGUUUUUUAAUAAUAAAGAAAUCUGUUCUGUUG